CGCAUCACUAGACGGUUUGUUUACAAGCGAGCGAGAGUUGUUAUCAUUAUAGAGUUGUGUUUAUUGUUUACGCACGCGUGUUGUGUUUGUGUGUGUUUUUAAUAAAUAGUGCAAUUAUGGAUGUUAAAGACCUAAAUACUGUGGAACUCAGAGCUCUGUGCGGCUGGCAAGAGAUCUACACAGACUUCGACAGUUGGGUCUGUACACUUGGAAGACAUAUACACAGAAAAAGAUCCCACCCUGUUAUACAAUCAGUGAAAAUAAAUAUAGAAGAUUACGAAACUGCAAGAAUUAAUGAAGAAACAGAGAAGAAAGGAACUAAUGAAGAAACAGAGAAGAAAGUUGAAUUUCUCACAUUACACCAUCUUUUAGUGAAGGGAUUAGAUGUAAAAAGUGACAGUCAAGACAUUAUCAAGGACCUCCGUAAUUUUUUAAACGUUUUCCAAUAUGGCGACAGUUGCGUGAAUUACGAUUAUGUUUUGAUAAAACUUUUGAAUGGGAGCAAGAAAUAUUUUUACCAAUACACGAGAUCAAAGCUGUGAUUUGUUUUUCUUUCCUAUUACAUACCUAC